CGGAUUGCACUGUUUAGGUUACAUGUAAAUAUUAAGAUACUUUUGGAAUUGAUCAAAUCUGCAAAUGUAAACUGUUGUGUCGGUCUGAACAAGCAAUGGAAAGAUUUAAAACUCAAGCAGAUCCAUUGAGUGACACGGUGCUUUUUUUAACAAAGUAAAACCAACACCAAAUACCCCCUGGAACCUGCUCAAUACUCUUCGCUACACAAACCCCUGAAAAGAUGGAGUUUGUUAAAGAGGAAAGCGAAGACAUUUGUAUUUCAGAACCUUUUAGACUGAAGAAUGAAGAUACUGAGGAGCAAAAAGAGCUGACGGACGUGAAAGAGGAAAGUCAAGCACUGAAUGAAGUAGAGGACAAAUAUCAGUGUCAGAAACCUGAUGAUUUAGAAACUGGAGAAAAGUCUUUUAGUGGCUCACAGACUGAAAAGAAACAAAAAAGAACUCGAAGAACAAAAAACAUAAAAUCUUUCACCUGCCCUCAUUGUGGAAAGAUUUUCACACAUAAAGGAACCCUUAAUAUCCACAUAAGAAUUCACACUGGAGAGAGGCCUUACGUCUGCCCUCAGUGUGAAAAGAGUUUUAGACAUAAAGGACACCUUAAUAUCCAUAUAAGAACUCACACUGGAGAGACGCCUUAUACAUGCCAUCAGUGUGGAAAGAGUUUUAAGCAGAAUGUAAAUCUUACAUAUCACAUGAGAAUUCACACUGGAGAGAAGCCUUUCACUUGCCAGCUGUGUGGAAAGAGUUUCAGACACAAAGCAAGUCUCAAGGAGCACAUGAGAACUCACACUGGAGAGAAACAUUUUACAUGCUUUCAGUGUGGAAAGAGGUUUAGAAAUCCAAGUAGCCUAAGUAGGCAUAUACAUAUUCACUCUGAAAAACAAUUACAUCACUGUUCCCAGUGUGGCAAGAGUUUCAAACAGGCAAACAGUCUCAGACUUCAUCAGCGCUAUCACUCUGCAGAAAAGCCUUUCAACUGUGAUCAGUGUGGUAAAAAAUUUAUUUUUGCAUCGGUGUUAAAAAGACACUUGAAAAUUCAUGCAAAUGAGAAACCUUACAGCUGCACUGUUUGUGGAAAGAGUUUUUCCCAGCUAAGUUAUAUUAAACAGCACCAGAAAAUACAUUUCGGUGAGAAAUCCUAUGUAUGCUCAGACUGUGGUAAAGCUUUUAUUAGAGCUGAUGACUUGAAAGCGCAUCAAAGAAUUCAUACUGGAGAAAAACCUCACAAGUGCUCGCAUUGUGAAAAGAGUUUCAAACGGCGCAGCCAGCAGCAAGCGCAUGAAAAAAUGCAUACUAGUGAGAAUCAAUACUACUGCUCUCCAUGUGAAAAGAGUUACAGCUCAUUGAGUACUCUACAGAGACAUAAAUAAUUUUGCCCAAAUUUGUCAUGGUGAGAAUUUUAUUGAAUCUUGAUCAUGUGAAAGAGACCAAAAGAGUGAUAUGGUUUUGGAAGUUUAACCAGCCAACAACUCCCAUAGAGUGGAUAAAAUAAGGGGUGGCAAACGCUAAUUUGAUCUAGGACUGGACGAAAUGGCAAAAAAAAAAAAAAAGAAAUGGGAUAACAUGAGAACUGCAAAAUACACUGCCUGGUCGCAUACUCUAAUAUUUCGUUGGCAUUGUUUCGACAACCUUAUGCAACAUCACAACAUUUAUUUCCGUCCAGAGUUGCAUUCAUAUUUGUGCUGAGAUCUUGUACUGAUGACGGGAGAGUCGAACCACUCCGUAAAGUGUUCUCCAGCACAUCUCAAAGACUUUCAAUGGGGUUAAGGUCAGGACUCUGUGGUGGCCAAUUCAUGUGUGAAUUUGAUUCCUCAUGCUUCCUGAACCACUCUUUCACAAUUUGAGCUCAAUGAAUCUUGGCAUUGUCAUCCUGGAAUAUGCCUGUGCCAUCAGAGAAGAAAAAAUCCCUUGAUGGGAUAACCUAGUCAUUCAGUACAUUCAGGUAGUCAGCUGACUUCAUUUUAUUGUCACAUAACGUUGUUGAGCCUAGACCUGACCAAUGGAAGCAACCCCAGAUCAUAACACUACCUCCACAGGCUUGUACAGUGGGCAUUAUGCAUGACAGGUGCAUCGUUUCAUGCACUUCCCUUCUUACCCUGACAUGCUCAUUGCUUUGGAAUAGGGUAAAUCUGGACUCAUCAGACCACAUGACCUUUAUUCGUUGCUCCGCAGCCCAAUCUUUAUGCUCCCUUGCAAAUUGAAGUUGUUUUCUCAGAUUAGUCUCACUAACAAGUGGCUUUCUAGUGGCCACACAGAUAUUUAGUCCCAAUCCUGUAAAUUCUCGUUGCAUUGUGCGUCUGGAAAUACUCUUACUUUCACUAUUAAACAUAGCCGUGAGUUCUACUGUCGAUUUUUUUACGAUGUGACUUCAAGCGUUUUAGUGAUCUCCGAUCACAUCAUUCAAGAUUUUUUUCCGACCACAUUUUUUCCACGAAGUUGAUGCUUCACCACUACCCUUCCAGGUUUUAAUAAUGCGUUGGACAGUUCUUAACCCAAUUCCAGUGAUUUCAGCAAUCUCCUUAGUUGUUUUCUUUGCUUUAUGCAGUCCAAUAAUUUGCCCCUUCUGAAACAUAGUAACAUCUUUUCCAUGACCACGUGAUACGUCUUCCGGCAUUGUUGUUUAAGAAAUGAGAAGCUACACACUGCAUCAGUUAGGGUUAAAAUAAUUUUUGCCAGCUGAAACAUUAAUCACUGCAAUAAUGAUCCAAAAAUAGGCUUAUUUAAAUCCAAAUGGUGAUUUUUGGUCAGGCAGUGUACUUAGCCAUUGUAGUCAUUAAUUUUUAUCUAAACAAAGGCUCUAGAAAGUUAUCUAGAAAUCAAUACCUAGACAUUAUUAAGUUUAUCUAGAAAGUACUCUUUACUAGUAUAUCGUAGAUGUUAGGAUCUCAGGAAGGUGGUUAUUAAAGGUCAAGGUUUCAAUACCAUGGGUGAUUGGCCUUCGGACCCAUGAACUCCAUGUAAAAAAAAUUUUUUUUUUUUUUUUUAAAUUGACUUUAUCUUUUCUUUAUCAUUUCAAUUUGAAACACAUUGAAUUACCACUGAAAUGUGCUAUAUAAAUAAACUGACCUUGCCUAUAUCAAAACAA